GGCCAUUUCUCAGUGCGACGCCGUCUGCCUCGUGUCCCGUCUGGAAGCGUGUUCCGUGUGGUGUACGUCUCGUUUCUCGUGUCUCGUGUGCGCCCCAAAAAAUAAGCCAUUAUUUUUUUGGUGGCAAAAGCGCGGCUGCCACGGACAGCAGCGGAAUAGUCUGGCAACAGUCACAAUAAUCGACAAAACGUGAAAACCGCAUAAUUAAUUGCCAAAACAACACCAGCACCGAAACCAAAAAGAAAAAGUAACUAAAUAAAUACCGAAGUGAACGUGAUACGUCCUCAACCCACACAACAGAUAGAUAUAUACUCUACUAUAUAUUGUCCAAAGAGAAGCGAAGCUGUCCACAAUGCGUCGCAACAUCAAACUGAUUGUCUUCGUGAGCAUCAUUUGGAUGUUCGUGAUGGUCUACUACUUCCAGUCCAGCACCGAGAAGGUGGAAAAUCGUGCACUGCGGCUACGUGAGGUGGCAACGGCCAUGCAGCAGCAGUUCCAGGACGACUCCUCGUCGGUGGCGGCUGCGGCGGCGGCGGCGGCGGCAGGAGCAUCCACAGUCCGGCUCUGGGCACCGGCCGGAGGCGGGGUGGGAGGAAUCGGUGGCAGUGGGGCCGAUGAUCCCGGCGGCAAUGUCAUUCUAAUCGGUUCGGUUAAGGACUUUGAGCGCAAUGCGGUCCAUGGCCUGAAAUUGAAUGGAAUUGUGGCGCUGGAAGAGACGUCGCAGGCUCACAGCGGAGGCAUGGGUGGCCGGCUGCCAAUGGCCCCCAGCGGCCGCGCAGGCACUACCGAGGUGGAGUACUUCGACGAGGCGGGCUACAUCAGAGCGGGGGCACUGCGCAACGGGGAAGAUCCCUACAUUAGGAAUCGUUUCAAUCAAGAGGCCAGCGAUGCACUGCCCAGUAAUCGAGAGAUACCCGACACGAGGAAUCCCAUGUGUCGCACUAAGAAGUACCGCGAGGAUCUGCCUGAGACCAGUGUCAUCAUCACCUUCCACAACGAGGCCAGGUCCACGCUAUUGAGAACCAUUGUCAGUGUUCUCAAUCGCAGUCCCGAGCACCUGAUACGAGAAAUCGUUCUGGUAGAUGACUUCAGUGAUCAUCCCGAAGACGGCCUGGAGUUGGCCAAGAUCGACAAGGUCCGCAUCAUACGGAACGACAAGCGUGAAGGCCUGGUCCGGUCCCGGGUUAAGGGCGCCGAUGCCGCCGUCAGCAGUGUCCUCACCUUCCUCGACAGCCACGUGGAGUGCAAUGAGAAGUGGCUGGAGCCGCUGCUCGAGCGGGUUCGGGAGGAUCCGUCGCGGGUGGUGUGUCCCGUCAUCGAUGUGAUCAGCAUGGACAACUUCCAGUAUAUCGGUGCCUCGGCCGAUUUGCGCGGCGGCUUCGACUGGAAUCUGAUCUUCAAGUGGGAGUACCUCAGUCCAGCCGAGCGUUCGGUCCGCCACAACGAUCCCACCACGGCCAUCAGGACCCCGAUGAUAGCGGGAGGCCUGUUCGUAAUCGACAAGGCGUACUUCAAUAAGCUGGGCAAAUACGACAUGAAAAUGGAUGUGUGGGGCGGUGAGAAUUUGGAAAUCUCGUUCCGUGUCUGGCAGUGCGGCGGCAGUUUGGAAAUCAUCCCCUGCAGUCGGGUGGGUCACGUCUUCCGUAAACGGCAUCCCUACACCUUCCCGGGGGGCAGCGGCAAUGUGUUUGCCCGGAAUACGCGACGUGCCGCGGAGGUCUGGAUGGAUGACUACAAACAGCAUUACUACAAUGCCGUGCCCCUGGCCAAAAACAUUCCAUUCGGCAACAUUGACGACCGUCUGGCUUUGAAGGAGAAAUUGCAUUGUAAGCCAUUCAAAUGGUAUCUGGAGAAUGUGUAUCCCGACCUGCAGGCCCCCGACCCACAGGAGGUUGGCCAAUUCCGACAGGAUAGCACCGAAUGCUUGGAUACAAUGGGCCACCUAAUCGAUGGCACUGUGGGAAUCUUCCCCUGCCACAACACGGGCGGAAACCAGGAAUGGGCAUACUCGAAGCGCGGCGAAAUCAAGCACGACGAUCUCUGCCUGACACUCGUGCAGUUCGCCCGCGGCUCCCAGGUGGUGCUGAAGGCCUGCGAUGAGUCGGAGAAUCAGCGCUGGAUCAUGCGGGAGGGCGGCCUGGUGCGACACCACAAGAUCAACGUGUGCCUGGACUCGCGGGAUCAGACGGCACAGGGCGUGAGUGCGCAGCACUGCAACUCCGCCCUCGCCACGCAGCGCUGGUCGUUCGGCAAGUACGCGUGAGAGAGACGCCUGACGGACUAGGCUGGAUAAGGAGACAGAUAGAGCGGGACACAGUGAUAUUUGUGCAAGUGGACGGAAGGAGAAGGAGGAGGAGGAGGAAGCCUAACCUAACUCUAUGUGGAUUGCAUGUGGAUUGUAUGUGUACUGUAUGUAUUCGUUAUGUUUUACCUUACCAAUGUUGAUUUGUUGCUGAACAUAAAACACACUCUCACACACCCGAUUAUAUUACCAUAUAUAGUGCAUACUUGUAAAC